ACGUUAUAUAAACAAAACUUUUUUUUUCAUUUCUUCUUCUCUUAUUAACUUCAGAUCCUCCUUUCACCAGCAACACAAGUUUUCUUUUGGUCAAACGAUGAUGCCAAAUUCUAGAUCGGCGACGAUAUCUCCGGGGAUGGAACCAACCACCACCGCUACGACGACGACGACGGCUGUUACGACGUCGUAUUGGUGUUACAGCUGUACGCGAUUCAUCAGCGUUUGGGAAGAUCAAGACGCAAACGCUGGAGUCUUAUGUCCUUAUUGCAACGGUGGAUUCAUCGAAGAGAUCGAAGAUUCUUCUAAUAAUUCUUCCGUCGCGGCGAUUCCGUCGGCGACGACGAUUCAGGAAGUUAGAUCGGUUGAAGAUAGUCAUAGAUCUGUAAUCAGACGUCGUAGAUCCAAUCGCCGGACGUCGUUUAAUCCGGUAAUCGUUUUACACGGAGGAGGAGGAGGAGCAGGGAACGGUGAGAGAGUUGAGAACGAAGAAGGAGAUGGAUUUACUAGAGAGAGACGCGCUUAUGAGUUUUAUUACGAUGAUGGAUCUGGUUCAGGUCUAAGACCUCUUCCUGAUUCUGUAUCUGAGAUCUUGAUGGGAUCUGGGUUUGAGAGGUUGCUUGAACAAUUGAGUCAGAUCGAAGCCUCGGGUAACGGAAUCGGUAGAUCUGGGAAUCCACCGGCGUCGAAAUCGGCGAUUGAGUCUUUGCCUAGAGUCGAGAUCUCUGAUUGUCAUAUGAAAGCGGAAGCUAACUGCGCCGUGUGCACGGAGGUUUUCGAAGCAGGUAUCGAAGGUCGUGAAAUGCCUUGUAAACACAUUUUUCACGGGGAUUGUAUCGUUCCGUGGCUCUCGAUUCGAAACUCGUGUCCUGUUUGUAGAUUCGAGUUGCCUUCGGAUCCGAUUCAACGGAGUAGCGAAGAAGAAAACGCCGUGGGGAUGACGAUUUGGAGAUUACCAGGCGGUGGUUUCGCUGUUGGGAGGUUUAACGCGGCGAUGAGAGAAGGAGAGAGGAUAUUGCCUGUGGUGUUGACGGAGAUGGAUGGUGGUGGACUCGGUAGUAACGAAGGACCGAGACGUAUAUCGUGGGUUAGAGCACAUGAGACACCGGAGAUGAGUAGAAACGGUGGUCGUUCUGGUAAUGGAGGUAGAUUGAGAAGAGCUGUACGAGGAAUGGUUUCGUUUAUGAGGAGAGUGAGACCAAACCGUGGUGGCUCUUCUUCUUCAUCUACUACUACUACUCAUUCGAAUCUUAUUGAUUUGGAUAGUGAUGGUGGUGAAAGUAGAGUUAUGAAUCGAUCGACUUCGUUGAUUAGGAGAUUUUUCUGAUGAAAAAACUUCAGAAUCAGGUUAGGUGAUGAUGAUGGAAAAAAAAGUUUCAGAUUUUUUUGUUUGUUGAUUCAACAAUUGUGUGCAUAUCAAAAAUAUAUUUAUUCAGAGUUUGGAAAUCUCUCUUUGUUACAUCAGAAUUUAUGGGGUAAACAAAGUUCAUAUUUAGUAAGUAUGUUGUAGUAUAUUUGGUUUUUGUCUUUGUUUUGGAUUAUGGGAUGGGAUUCUGAGAAAGUGAAAGGGAUUUGUGUUUUUGUUUUGUGUUCCUCGGACGGUGAGAGACAUGAAUGCACGGAUAAAUGAAGAGAGAGAGGUUGUGGAA